AUGUUCCCGUCAUCCGAUGCCGGGAAAUCCGUCGAUAGCCUCUCUGCUCUAUCCCCCAGUGGUCGACAUGAGAUUCCAAUGCACAGUAGCCGACCUGGCCAUGGCCAUGUACGGCCGGCGUCGAGACGAAACUCCACGGCGAGCUCGAUCCACUCCGUAGGGGGUGCCCUGGAUAUAUCCUCCAGUGGCUGGACAGUUUCGGCGCAUGAAUCCGGACAGAAUGCCAUUUCCACCUUGCUCCAACCUCCAAUAGUCCGAACGGGCUAUCAGCCGCAUACGACUGCCCCAGCGUCCAGCGCCCAUAAACCACCAACGGCUAGAGAUAUCCCGCCCGUCACCCUGACCAACAUACCCCAUGUCGACAACGAAGAAUUCACCCCGUAUCUCAGUCAAGUCGGUCUUUUGUACGAGCAGCUGAGACGCGUCAGGGAGAACGACGACGAGGCUUCACACUCCCGCCGGGGAGCUAGGCACGACGAACAGCCUGACGGAGGCGUCUCCAGCCCCGCACGGCGAUCCAACUCUGGCCUCGCCAAAAGGGCAUCUCGAGGCCCGCCGCCGCUGUCGACGAUCCCGAACGUGUAUUUCGACGAGGACUUUCACCUCGAGAACCCGCGAACAUUCGAUGUCGUAAGCGAAGGCAAUGGAACGGUCACGGCACCAAGAAAGGCUCUUGCCACCAACGCCAUUCUUCAAGAAAAGCUUUCUUGGUACAUGGAUACCAUUGAGGUUCACCUCAUCAACUCAAUAUCAACUGCAUCUACGACCUUCUUCUCGGCUCUCGGAUCUUUGAAGGAAUUGCACCUUGAGGCUGCCGAUUCGGUCCAAAGAAUAAGCACUCUUCGGAAAGAGCUCGAAGCUCUAGAUGAGGAGGUUGCGACCAAUGGCUUGCAAGUUGUUCAGAAGCGUGGGCGACAAGAAAACCUGAGGAAACUCCACGACGCUGUGUUGCAACUGCAGCAGAUCGUCGAUGGCGUGGCCGGUUGCGAGUCGCUCGUGGAGGCGGGAGAGGUGGACAAGGCGCUGGCGAGUAUAGAUUCGCUGGAAAGGCUGAUUGCCGGCGAGCGCGAGCAGCCAGAUGACGGUGAAGGCGGUGUGCCAGUGCAGCUGUGCGACCUCAGGUCUGCAUCGGCCCUCCAAGGAGUGAACGAUGACCUCUCCACGCUACGGUUUCGUGCCGGCAAGGCGUACGAAUCACGGUUUUCGGCUAUUCUCAUUGCUGACUUGAGAAGUCACGUCGAAUCAAGAGGCGGCCACUUUCGGGCUCAGUCGGUAUUUCCGACCUAUCUGAGCGCAACCGAGGAACUGAAGGCGAAGCUGUUCCCGAACAUGGCAGGCUUACACCGCGCGAAGCACGUUGCAACAGCUGCAAUGGCCUAUCGAGAGGCCGUCUUGCGGGAGAUCAGAAAUUUGAUUCGGCGGCCGCUUCCAAGCUCCAACGAUGAUGACAACGAAUCCAUGGUGUCUGUCUCGACAGCGGGUGGGGGCAAACAGAGGUCAACCCAAGAGAAAUCUGCGAGCCUUGCGAGGAACUUACGAGCUCUGGGUCCAGAAGACGCCGAGGAACUACUCGUAGCGAUCUAUAUUGGCGUGACGGAGACAUUGAGGCGGUUGACGACACAGGUCAAAGUGUUACUGGACAUAGCCAGCUCGCUCACGCAGUCGGAGGCGGGCGAUGGGCUGAAGUCGCCUCUCACCAUGUCACCGGUAACAAGUCCCCGACCCGACCGCGGAGGCAAGCAGGUAGGCAGCGGAUUCGCGCUGCAAGAAGAGCUGCACAAAACGCUCGACGAAGCAACGUUGCUUACCCAGGCUGUGGAUGUUGCCAACGACAAGAUCGUCAAAGUCCUCAAGGUCCGAUCCGAACAGUCCACUCACCUCCCGCUGGCCCUCUUCUUACGCUACUUCACCCUCAAUCUAUACUUCGCCAACGAAUGCGAGGCCAUAUCGGGCCGGAGCGGAACCUCGCUCAAGACCGUGGUCAAUGGCCAAAUCAAAGAAUUUGUGCAGCGCAAUCGGGACACGGAGAUGCAGAAGCUCGCUCAGGGCAUGGAGUCUGAUCAGUGGAACGCAAGGGACUUUACGGAAAGCAGCUCGAAGCUGCUGGUGCUGAUACUGGAAUCCAGCACUCACGACGAUGCAGCUUGGACUGACAGCAACGAGAUAUGGGUUCCGUACCAAGCCAAGGAGGGAUAUACGCCGUCGGAAGCGAACGGCGCAGGAAAGGACAAGACCCGACCUGCCGUUGUCGAAUCGGAGAAAUUUGUUCUCCCCAACUCGGCCAUUCUGUGCCUCGAAGGCGUGGGGAACUUUCUGCAUCUCGUUGCCGGCAUCCCAUCGAUGACGACGGAUGUGGCAUCUUCGCUGGUCGCCUAUCUCCAGCUCUUCAAUUCGCGCUGCACGCAGCUCAUCCUCGGAGCCGGCGCCACCCGGUCUGCUGGCCUCAGGAACAUCACGACAAAGCACCUGGCACUUGCCUCGCAGGCGCUUUCUUUCAUUGCGACCAUUGUGCCCCACAUCCGAGAAUUUGUGCGCCGACACGCAGGUUCCGGCGCCGGCGCGUCCAGCCUCAUGGGCGAAUUCGACAGGGUGCGGCGACUGCUGCAAGAGCACCAGGAGAGCAUCCACCAGAAACUGGUCGACAUCAUGAGUGGGCGAGCCGCAGUCCACGCGAAGAGCAUGAAGGCCAUUGACUGGAGUUCGACGGCAGCUGACGGCCCACACACCUACAUGGAGACGCUCACCAAGGAGACGACGACUCUGCACAGGGUCCUGACCAAGCAUCUGCCAGAAACAUCCAUACAUCUCAUCAUGCAGCCCGUGUUUGCCGGCUACAAAGACCAGCUCGGGGCCGCUCUCAAAGAGGCGGACCCCAAAACGAAGUCUGGUCAGCAAAGCAUGCUCCGCGAUGUAGACUUGUUGUCUGCCAAGCUUGGCAGGGUGGACGGCUUUGGGGACACGGGCGACUUUCUCGCCGACCUUGUCAAGGCCAAGCAAGUGAAAGACGAGACGCUGGUCGAGGCAGACGAGGAGAUGGCCAACGACAACGCCGCCAAGGUAAAAGUGAAGGGUAACGAGACUCGCACGACAGAAGAGCAGCCGGUGAAGGAAGAGGCCGAGGGCUCGUGA